AUGAACGACAACUGGCGGCUGGCGCAGGGGCGCACGACGCAGGCGAACCGGCUCGGGAUCGAGAAGUGGGCGCUGGCCGAGGCGGAGCGGGCGGCGGCGCAGGAGAGCAACGGCAAGGGCGCGCCGUCCGACGACAGCACCGUGGACACGAGGGCGCAGCCGGCGCCGUCGGACUCGUGGCGGCAGGCGACGGUGCAGAUGACGAAGAUGAUUCCCGUCGUCAAGUCGCUCCAGGACGAGGUGGCGCGCGGCCGGUCGCAGGUGGCCCUGGAGGACUCGAAGGCGCGCCCCGCCGCCCUCACCAUCGCCGAGGAGGGGGCGGGGGACAGCCCGCGCAAGAUCGACAAGGAGGACGCGAGCUGGAUGACGGGCAUGUACGAGUGUUCGGGCGACCCGGAGGUGUGCAAGCGCGCGGUGUUCAUGCCGUGCUCGCUGGUGGCGCGCAACCGCCGCCUGCUCACCUCGGAGGUCGAGGUGGGCUCGCAGUCGGCGAUCUGGUGCGUCGCGGGCUUCUGCGUCGGCUUCCCCUUUCUCGUCUUCGGCGGCUGCGCGGCCGCGGCGCUCUGCGGCACCUCGGAGACGCGCUCGGAGAUCCGCCGCAAGUACCGCCUGCGCGAGGAGCCCUGCGGCGACUGCCUCGUGCACUCCUUCUGCCUCUGCUGCGCCAUCGCGCAGGAGCAGCGCGAGCUCCGCAUGCGCCGCCACGCCCUCGAGGGCGACUCCGCGGCCAUCGAGCGCGCGCUGGAGGAGAAGGAGCGCCUGCGCGAGGUGGCCGCGGAGGCCGCGGCGGCCGCGGCGGCGGUCGAGCAGGCCCCGCGCGCGCCGACGAUGUCGCGGAGCGGCGCGCUGGAGGAGGGGGCGAGCGGGCGCGCGCUGAGCCCGACGUUCCUGUCGGGCGCCUACUCGACGGCGCUGAGCAUCAAGCGCCUGUUCACGUCGACGGGCGGCGACGCGGCGCCCGUGUCGGCGGCGGCGGACAUGGAGCCCUCGCCCGAGGUGCGGCAGCUCCAGGCGGGGACGCCCGGCGCGGGCGCGGGCACGGGGCGCGCGUCGCGCGCCGAGACGAACAAGUCGCAGCUGUCGACCGCGGAGGGCUUCGUGGACCACAUCAAGCGCGCGCGGCAGGGGCGCGACGCGGGGCUGUCGCGCGUCCGCGAGCCGCGGAAGGCGUUCAUCCAGGUGGAGUCGAACUACCCCAUCGACGAGAUCACGCGCAUCAAGACGGCGGGGCGGAAGCUGGACGAGAAGGAGGCGGAGCGGCAGAUGCAGCACAACAUGCCGCUGGCGGUGCGGGCGUCGCGCGCGCUCGCGAUGGAGAACGCCGCCAAGUACGUCAAGGGCAAGCAGCGCAAGCAGCUCCUGGACAAGGCCAAGAAGCAGGCGGUCAAGGUGUCGAUGAGCACGGACACGGUGCUCGCGCUGGGCAGCGUGUGGAAGGCGGUGUCGCAGGAGGACAACGCGAACGUGCGCGCGGGCGAGGACGGCACCAAGUUCCUGCAGGACCCGCGCAUCGGCUACGCGGGGCCCAACCAGGAGUUCUUCGUCUUCCUGACGCCCGACGAGAUCGCGGAGAUCCGCGAGAAGACGCGCCAGGAGAAGACCGCCAACCGCCUCACCGCGCAGCAGGCCGCCGAGGUGGACGACGCCCUCGAGGCCGCCGAGGUGCAGCUCGGGCUGGGGCAGAAGCGCCAGGAGAGCGCGGGGAACCGGCUCAAGAACGCCCUGCGCCUGCACAAGAAGGACUCGGACGACUCGUCCGGCGACGAAGACGACAUGAUCGAGGAGGAGGAGGAGCUGGACGCGGAGAUCGAGGCGACGCCCGGGGACGGCCCCGCGCGCGUCAGGACGGCGGACGCGGGGGCGUCGUGA